AGGGUCCCAAGCGGCCCCGGGCCCGGGCCCUCCCCUUGCGCUCAGGUCUCGGCGCGGGCCAGAGCUGCCGGGACACCCGGGCCGCCCUUCCCAUCUCGGCAGUAUCGGGGCAGGGGGCUCGGUUCGGCUCGACCCGGCCGGAACGCCGGAUGACGUCAACCGUGAUGUGCGCGACCCUCUCGAGCGUCCCCAAACCCGGGCUGACUCCGGGGUCUGGCCCGGGGCGGAUAGCGCCGGGGUAACAGUGGUCUUGGAGAGCCCUCGGCUACCAGGCCCUGCCUGCUGGGAUUUCGUGGGGCCAAGUCCGGCUGCGCCUCCGACUCUUCGUGCAUAGCAGAGCCUCCGUUUCCCCGUCUGCUGGGGAAGAGGCUGGCGGGGGGAGCUGACCCUCGCAGUCGGAAAGCUUCCUGGAGGAGGCGCCCUAGGUAAACCUGUAAUCAGGGACUGAGACGCUUGUGUGUUGGGAGUGAGUCAUGGGGACAGGGGUGCAGCCUGGGGAGCCCCGAACUGCCUGAAGUGGACGCUCCCAGACUCAGGCCCACGGUCCAGUGGGAACAGACAAUGAACCCACAAAUCAGGUCCUGGUGAGUGAUGUGGGGGAGGGCCAGGGGAGGAGUCCUGCCACCUUAGCUAGGGUAUCUUGGAAGGGCUCUUGGAAGUGGUGACCGUUGACACAUAUUUUGGGGAGGAGGAGCAGAAUGCCUAGAACAGGGCGGCGGGUGGGGAGGUUGGUGAUGAGAGCAGGAAGCACUUCAGGGCAGAGAAGGUCCCAGCCAAGCUGCCCCUGACCCUUCUCAAGCAAGCGGGGUGUCUUUAGGGUGGGUGAUGAGAAUCUCGCUUCCUGAGGACUCAGAAUUAUGAUUUUGAUCCAUAAAGUCCUGGCCACUCCCACCAAAGGGUCCAAAGCUCCCUGUUCAGUCCCACACCUAGGCCAGGGGUCAGAGGCUGGUCCCAACCUACCCCUCCCCAAAGAGCACACAUCUUGCAGCUACCACAUCCUCUAGGGGCCCUCAGUUACCAUCACAUAAGGCAGGACCCCAGAGUGUGACCCAGUGACACAGAACAGAACCAGCCUCCUACCCAGCUGCCUUGUGGUUUUCUGAGCAACCACAGUCCUCCCCAGCCUGACUUCCCGAGCAGCCAGGGAGCCUAACUCAGCAGCUAGGAGGGGGCGGAGGUGUGGGAACCCCAUUUCUGAGGCCUCCUCUUCUCUCAGCUGGACCAGCGGGGAAGCCGUCCUGCUGUUCCUGAGUGGGCAGGAGCUGUUCAAGGUUACAGACCACCAAACCCUCGUGCAGCUCCAGCCAGGAGCAGCCCCAGUCGGCGGGUCUCACCUCCGGCGGCAGCUCCACCUCCUGCAUGGCGACCUGGCUCCACCAGGGCAGGGCUUGUGGAAGCUGAGCAGCUAAACGUGUCUGAUGCCUUCCUGACUGUCCCGUCAGCACUGUCUUCACUCCCACCAGAAAGGCUACCUGCCCCGUGUCCAGCAGCCUGUGUGGGCAGAGGUCCUGGGCGGAGGGGCUGGCAGGCCGCCAUCUGGAGCUCACUGCGCUGGGGCUCAGCAUAUUUCCCAGGUGCUGGAGUGUUUUGUGUUUGCCUGCAGGACGGUGGUGGCAGCCUGGGUGUGGCACCCCCGCAGAAGUUUUCCAGCAGUCAUAGAGUCACCUUGGCGGGUGGGGAGCAUCGGGGCCAGGCUGGGGGGUUUUGCCGGGAGCCUCUUAGGGGCUCAGCUCCCAGCCGGACAAAGGACAGUGACUGGGGAGAGCCAAGUGGACGGGUACCACUGGGCUCUCGAAGCAGGAGACCAUGGGCAGCCCCUCUCCCCCAGAGAAGGGGCCCAGGCCUGCUGCGUCAGUAUGGUACUCUCGCUCCUGGGGUCUGGAUUGAAGUGCAGGCAUACAUGUUGAAGCCAGACUUGGCCCUGGAGCAGACGGGUUCCUGGACUGGGGGUCCCUGGAUGGGACAGUGAAGCCUCACCUUCAGUGGCUAAGACCCCAGGGUAUGGGACCCCCAGAUCCACAGCGUGAGGAGGAGAUCUGGGAUGCUGAGGGCAUUGAGACGGUGAGAAGCUGAGUGUGACUGACGGCCGGGGCAUCCGCGCUGCGCUGGCCACACAGAGGGCAGAGGACUCCAGCGAGAGCCGUGAGGAGGAGCCAGUGUCUGAAGGUCAGGACCCAGGCAUGCUAUUUCCUAGGGGGGCUGGAAGACCCCUGGUACUCAACCUCACCCGUCAAGUGCCAGCGUGGCGGGAGGAGUACAAGGGGCAGGUGAACCUGCACGUGUUUGAGGACUGGUGCGGGGGCGCCGUGGGCCAGCUCCGGAGGAACCUGCACUUCCCGCUCUUCCCUCACACUCGCACCACCGUGAAGAAGCUGGCUGUGUCCCCCAAGUGGAAGAACUAUGGCCUCCGGCUGUUUGGCUUCAUCCACCCGGCGAGAGAUGGCGACGUCCAGUUCUCUGUGGCUUCGGAUGACAACUCUGAGUUCUGGCUGAGCCCAAACGAGAGCCCAGCGGGUGCCCAGCUGGUGGCCUUUGUGGGCAAGACGGGCUCGGAGUGGACAGCGCCUGGAGAGUUCACCAAGUUCAGCUCCCAGGUGUCCAAACCCAGACGGCUCAUGGCCUCUCGGAGGUACUACUUUGAGCUGCUGCACAAGCAGGAUGACCGCGGCUCGGACCACGUGGAAGUGGGCUGGCGAGCAUUCCUGCCGGGUCUGAAGUUCGAGGUUAUCGGCUCUGCUCACAUCUCCCUCUACACAGACGAGUCAGCCCUGAAGAUGGACCAUGUGGAUCACGUGCCCCAGUCUCCUGCCAGUCACGUGGGGGGGCGGCCCCGGCAGGAGGAGCCCAGAGCUGACAUGCUGCGGCCAGAUCCGCGAGACGCCUUCUUUCUCACACCUCGGGUGGAGCCCUCAGAGUUGGAGAGUGUGCUGGAACCCUGCGCCUACGCCCCGACCUAUGUUGUCAAGGACUUCCCCAUCGCAAGAUACCAGGGGCUGCAAUUCGUGUACCUGUCCUUCGUUUAUCCCAAUGACCACACGCGCCUGACUCACAUGGAGACUGACAACAAGUGCUUCUACCGGGAGUCGCCGCUGUAUCUGGAAAGGUUUGGGUUCUACAAAUACAUGAAGAUGGACCGGGAGGAGGGCGGGGAGGACAGGGAGGAGGUGCAGCGCCGAGCCUUCCUCUUCCUCAACCCCGACGAUUUCCUGGAUGACGAGGACGACGGAGAGCUGCUCGACGCUGGCCUGGGGCCCACCGAGGCCCCCCGAAGGCAGGGCAGCCGCCAGCUCCCGGCCCCCGCAGCCCCCUCAGAGGCCCCAGCCACCCCCGCUGCGCCGACACUCCGGCGCUCCCGAGUGCUGAGCUGGGCGGCCCGCCAGCUCCCCCUCUUCUUGGGCCGCGCCCCGCCCCCGCGGCCCGCAGCCCGGCCCUCCAAGGUGUAUGUGACACGCGUGCGGCCAGGACUGCGGGCGCCCCCUGGGGCCCCGCCGCUCAGCGCACGCGGCCCACCCCGGCUGCCCUUGCCUGGCGUCUUCCUGCGCCCCCGACCCCUACCCAGGGUGCCGCUGCGGGCGCCCCCACGCCCACCCCGGGCUCGAGGCCACAGGACGAGCAGCCCCCCGGCCACAGAGCUGAGAGCCCUGGCCCCAGCGCCGGCCACCCAGGAGAGCCAGGAGGGCCGGGCGCGCGCGCCGGGACUCGCGGCCCCCAAGGGGAACUCCAACUCGUCCUCUGAAGCGCAGCCUGUGACCUCCUUCCUGAGCUUGUCCCAGGUGUCCAGGCCACAGCUGCCUGGGGAGGGCGAGGAGGACGAGGAGGAGGAAGGGGACGACGACGAGGAAGGGAUGCCUGGCGACGAGAAUGCGUCGGAGGACAGUGAGGAGGCGGCAGGCCUGGUGCGCGGCCGCUGGCGCGAGGAUGCCAUUGACUGGCAGCGCACGUUCAGCGUCGGCAACGUGGACUUCGAGCUGCUGCGCUCCGACUGGAACGAUCUGCGCUGCAACGUGUCUGGGAACCUACAGCUGCCCGAGGCCGAGGCCGUGGACGUGGUGGCUCAGUACAUGGAGAGGCUCAACAUGCGCCACAGCGGGCGAUACGCUCUUCUGCGCAUCGUGAACGUGGAGAAGCGCCGGGACUCCGCGCGAGGAAGCCGCUUCCUCCUGGAACUGGAGCUCCAGGACCGCGGCGGGCGCCGCCUGCGCUUGUCUGAGUACGUCUUCCUGCGCCUGCCCGGGGCCCGUGCCGGCGACACUGAGGAAGACAGAGAGAGUCCCGAGCCCGCCGCAGCCUCCUCCGCGCGCCCCGACGGCCGCCCGGAGCUGUGCCGGCCACUGCGCCUGGCUUGGCGCCAGGAUGUGAUGGUGCACUUCGUCGUGCCGGUGAAAAACCAGGCGCGCUGGGUGAUACAGUUCCUGGCAGACAUGGCCGCACUGCACGCCCGCACAGGUGACUCCCGCUUCAAUGUCGUCCUGGUGGACUUUGAGAGCGAGGACAUGGACGUGGAGCGGGCCCUCCACGCAGCACGGCUGCCCAGAUACCAAUACCUGAGGCGAGCUGGAAACUUUGAGCGCUCUGCGGGACUGCAAGCUGGAGUGGACGCGGUGGAGGAUGCCAGCAGCAUCGUUUUCCUCUGCGACCUGCACAUCCACUUCCCCCCCAGCAUCCUAGACGGCAUCCGCAAGCACUGCGUGGAGGGCAAGCUGGCCUUCGCGCCUGUGGUCAUGCGGCUGAGCUGCGGGAGCUCACCAGGGGACCCACACGGUUACUGGGAGGUGAACGGCUUUGGCCUUUUUGGGAUCUACAAAUCCGACUUUGACCGCAUUGGAGGCAUGAACACCGAGGAAUUCCGGGACCAGUGGGGAGGCGAGGACUGGGAGCUCCUGGACAGGGUCCUGCAGGCAGGGCUGGAGGUGGAGCGACUCCGAGUGCGGAACUUUUACCACCACUUCCACUCCAAGCGGGGGAUGUGGGGCGCGCGCAGCCGUAAGGCCGCCCGAAAGGAGGCCCCUUGAGGACCAGUGACCCCUCCCAGCCCCACCCACUGGCCUGUGUUGGCAGCUGGAGGCCAGGCCCAGAGCCUGGACCCUGGGGACCCGGCGGGCUCAUCCCUGGGGUACAGCCACCAUCGUGCCUACCCGCUCGGGCCCCCAGGCUACUUCGCCCUCGGCCCCUCCCAGAGAGGCGCCUCCAUAGCGGGCGGGGCCCAGGCUCAGCCCCCAUGCCCUGUGCAAUGAUUUCUGUGAAAUUUUGCCGUAGCGAUGACAUUGUUUUCAAGAUUUCCAAGAGUUCUGUCUGUUCCAUUUUUUAUUCAGAAUGAAAUGAAAUAUUUUUUUUAGUUCUGA